ACAUUCAAAACGCGCUUUUCUUCUCUUAUUCUCUUGAGGACUUUGAAUUGUUCGAAUUCUGCUCAUUUUGAUUGUUCUGUCACUUGGAUUCUUCUGUCACAUUAAUCAGAACGCGGAGCAUGUGAUUGUGUUGCCCCACCAAGAAUAUUUCCAUAUUCUUUUCUACACGACAAAAUCGACCGUUUACAUUGAAACUUGUCAAUAAAAGAGCUCUCGCAGAAAACCAAAGGCACAUAUAUCAUGCUGUCCAGUGACACUACGACAGAGCCUGUCGAGGCCACCCAGGCCCCUAAAAAGCUUCCCUUCCCCCCAGUCACUCGAACUCAGAUAUUGCAUUGCUCAUAUCAUUACUGGCAUCCGCUCUAUCGAGCUAUUACUCCGAAAGCCCGUCUUAUCCCGCUAUCCGACGCUUUCCUUUCGUACCUCCGCGCCGACGGAAUUGUGCUUCCUCCUGAUAAUCCAAGCCGGGCAGCGAUGAUGGGCGAUGACAGCGGCAUAGAAACUUCUGAUUCUGAAGACGAUGGCGAUCAAGAAGAUCCAUCAGAAGAAUGGAGUGAUAUCCACAUACAGAUUGAAGAGACUAUCCGGGAACUAGACGGCAAAGUCACCCCGAAACUCAACUGGAGUGCUCCCAAAGACGCAACCUGGAUUGCGGUUACGAAUGACCUUCAGUGUCAGACACCGAACGAUAUCUACUUGUUGCUGAAGAGCAGUGAUUUCAUUACGCACGAUUUGGAGCAUGUCUUUGACGAUACAGACCCGGAACCGGAGGAUUCAGUCAGUACGACAGAGGAUCUCGAUACUACUAAUAUCCCUUAUUAUCUUGUUCUUCGCAAAUACUUCAACCUCAACCCAUCGUUAGAGUUUCGAUGCUUUGUCCGAAACCGCACGCUGUUGUGCAUGUGUCAGCGUGACUUGAAUCAUUUUGACUUCUUAUUCGCCAUGCGCGACAUGCUCGUGUCUAGAAUUCAGACAUUCUUUGAUGAAAAACUCAAAGACACCUUUCCGGAACCGAAUUUUGUGUUCGACGUUUAUGUCCCACCGCCUCACGAACGGGUGUGGCUUAUUGAUAUCAAUCCGUGGGCGCUCAGGACCGAUCCACUGCUGUUCAGCUGGUUGGAGAUUCUGACCAUGAAGGAUUUGGCGCCACUUGAAGACGAGGUUGUGCGACUGUCUCUUAGAGACGAUGGAUGCUCUGCAUCACCAGAUAAUGAUUCGGCUGCGGCAGCAGAAGAAAUCGAGAACAUUUCAUCAGUUCCGGAACUUCGAUUAGUGGAGCGUGAUGAUCCAGAGGCGUAUGGAUUUACUUCGCCGCAAUACUCUGCUCAUAAACUUCCUCGAGACGUUGUGGACGCUUCUCAGUCAGGGACUGGAGGUAUGGCGUCUUUUAUGCAGCAGUGGAAGGAUCUGCUUGCACAAGAGAGGCAGCAGCAGCAAGCAGAGUCAAGCGAUGACGAGUAGAUUUAUCUCACACCGGGUUUUUUGAAUCAUCAUCCGCGCAGAGAGGGGUUGAGCGACCCAUGUAUUUGGAAAAUAUUGGCGAGCUUUCUAAAUUCUUCCUGUGGAUAACCAGCAACAAAUCUAUCCACACCACCAAACACCUCUAACAAAUUCUGUCUAUCAAGAAUCUCGCGUUCCGGUUGGCGAAUAAGUCUCUUGAUACCCAGAAGACUAGUCUGGUUCAGAUGCAGACCUAAUCUAUCAUCAACCUCAGCCAGAACAGCUUUCAAAAAUCCAUCAGAAUCAUUAUUUCUCCCGGAUGGCGCAGGGAUAACUUUGUUCACGAAACCAGUUGAUACUAGUUCCUCGCAUGUGAUUCGCCUACUCAUGAGCAGCGCCUCGUUUGCUUUGGAAAUACCGAGUCUUUGUACAAACCCCCUCGAAGCACCGCCUUCGGCGACCAAACCCAGUGACGAAAAAGGUGUGAGAAGGAACGUAUGAGGAGCAGCGUAGAUGAAAUCCGCAAAGGAGAUAAUAGCGGCAGUGAGUCCGACGACGGGACCGUUGAGAGCAACCACAAGGAUCUUUGAAUGAUUGUACACGGUGCGUGUAAUGUCCAGGUUAUUUACGAGGAAUGAGCGCAUUAUUUCUCGGCGCUGUUCCUCUUCAGACAGAGUGUUGUCUGCUCGACGACUGACCCCGUUGCCGCGGAUAUCAGCACCACUUGCGAUAGUUAGCCAGUCGAUCAAUGAUUUAAAUGAAAUGCAAGAAUAUUUU